CAGGGUUUCGUUUUCCCUUGUGGAAGGUCGAUGUUCCCGGUGUAAACGCGGAGCUUCCCUAAAGUGAGAUCCUUGGGACUCCACUCAGUCCCAGCCAGCCCGGAACCACCGGUCGGAGCAUAGCGUUUCCUGAGUGCGCUCAUUGACGAUCACUUCCGCCUACGGCCCUGGAAUACCCGAGGCCCUUAGGCGGCGAACAAGAGGAAAGUUACUUCCGGGAUCUGCUGCCGAGGUGCCGGCCCGGUGGGCCUAAGGAAGCGACGUUAUUGGCGUCGUCUUUUACCCCCUUUCUGUGGGUCGAGAUGUCGGGGCUCAGCUACCCAGAGAUGGAAGGCUGUCGUAAACUUCUCGGCCUGUUGGACAACGACGAGAUCAUGGCUCUGUGCGACACCAUCACCAACCGCCUGGUGCAGCCUGAGGACCGCCAAGAUGCCAUUCGUGCAAUAUUAGUGUACAGUCAAAGUGUAGAAGAACUUUUGAGGCGUAGAAAAGUCCACCGAGAAAUCAUAUUUAAGUACUUGGCAGCACAGGGGAUUAUUAUACCUCCAGCUACUGAAAAACACAAUCUUAUUCAGCAUGCGAAGGAUUACUGGAAAAAGCAGUCACAGCUGAAAUUGAAGGAAACGCCAGAGCCAGUUAAGACAGAAGACAUUAGACUCUUUGAACAGGAGAAAGAAGAUAAAAAAGCUGAAAAGGUUGAUUUUCAUCGAUUAGGUGAAGAAUUCUGUCACUGGUUCUUUGAACUUCUUAAUUCUCAGAAUCCUCUUCUGGGACCACCACAAGAUGAAUGGGGGCCACAGCACUUCUGGCAUGAUGUCAAGCUUAGGUUUUAUUACAACACAUCAGAACAAAAUGUGAUAGACUACCAUGGAGCAGAAAUUGUGAGCCUUCGUCUGCUGUCACUAGUGAAAGAAGAGUAUCUUUUUCUCAGUCCCAACCUAGAUUCCCAUGGACUGAAAUGUGCUUCUUCUCCCCAUGGUCUCGUUAUGGUUGGAGUUGCUGGGACUGUCCACCGAGGGAACACUUGCUUGGGCAUUUUUGAACAAAUUUUUGGACUCAUCCGCUGCCCUUUCGUGGAGAAUACUUGGAAAAUCAAAUUUAUCAACCUGAGAAUUAUUGGAGGGAGUUCACUUGCUCCUGGGACAUUAAUGAAACCAGCUAUUACACUUGAACCAAGUGAUCUAGAAGCCUUUUAUAAUGUAAACACUUUGUGUGGUCCAGGGAAGUACGACUCAAUGUAAGGCAGGCAUUGGAUAGUGGGACUGGAGACCAAGCUUUAUCUAGUGGAAAUGAGGCACUGUUGAACAAAAGAGAACUAAUUUUACCUAGCCCUUGAAGCACUGAGUACUAUAUGUCAGUCUGGAAAAUCUUCUAUACAGAAAAUCUUCCAAAUACUACAUCAGUAAUGUCUAAGUGAUUUCAGAUUUGGGGAUUGACAUAUUUUAGUUGAAAUCUCUUUCUUGACUACAGGCUAACGUGUUAUGUGAACACUUGCCUCUUUCUACUUCAUUUGCAGCAAAUGUUCUGAGAGCUUCAUGCAAUUUGUCAAAUAAAUCCCACUUUAAAUGUUGUAAUUAAC